UCUGGUAAACCCAAAAACCCAAGCAGCUCACGGAAGGAAGAACGCCCAUCCACUCUCCCACUUGUAUUGAGAAAUGGCAACAAUGGCUAUAUCCGUUCUUCCCUCUGUUGCUUCACUGGUUUCGUCCCCUUCUCUUAAACGGCGGGGCGCCGUAGAAAUCUCCUCCUCUUUCAUCUUCCGCUGUCCAUCUCUUCAAUCCCCUCCGCUCUCCUUAUCUUGGAGUCAAUCGGCCGUGAACGCUCGGCGGGGCAGCGGCUUCUUGGUGGCGUGCCUCCCUCCUGCUCCCAAGAGCGCCAGCAGAGCAUCCACCAGACUCUAUGUUAGCGGUCUUUCCUUCCAUACAACCAAGGAAAGUCUAAGAAAUGCUUUCCAGAAUUUUGGUCAGCUUGUAGAAGUUACCCUUGUGAUGGAUAGAAUAGCAAACAGACCAAGAGGCUUUGCCUUUCUUCGUUAUGCCACUGAGGAGGAAUCCAGAAAGGCCAUUGAGGGGAUGCAUGGGAAGUUCUUGGAUGGCAGGGUCAUUUUUGUUGAAUUUGCAAAACAAAGGUCAGAAUUGGGCCAGGGUUCCAAACCAAGACAUACACAGUAAUGUGUGCAAUUCAUGGCAUUUUGCAUGCAUAUCUUCAGUAGUAGCACAUCUACCCAUCUUUAUCCUUUGUUUAUUCUCCUAUUUAUGUUUAACUGUAGGCUUUUUCCUGUCAUGAAUGUCCUACUCAUUCUGAAAUUGGAGUGCAAGAUCUUUUUGGCCUAUUAAUUCUUUAUGGAUAUAUAGUUACAAGGUCUCAUAUACAUCUGUUGAAUGAUAAAUAAAAUGGAUUCCAUUGUGGGCAUUUUGCCAUUGACACUGAAAUGCUCAGAUA